GCACACGAAUACUGGUUCAAUAAAGCAGUCAUCUAGGUGGAAUAAUACAGUUGAGGUGACGUGUGGGGAAGAUAGAAUGUCGAAGUGUCUAAAGUGUCUGUGUCCCUGCUGUUUUUCAUCAGCAAAGAAACAAGCGGACAUUCCUUUAUCACAGAGAAAAACACCGCUUCGCAUUGUUAUGAUUGGAAAAACUGGAGUGGGAAAAAGUGCGGUUGGAAACACCAUUCUUGGAAAAGAAAUUUUUAAAUCAGCCCCUUCUGCAAACUCUGUUACUAGUGAAUGCAGAAAAGAAAAGGCACAUGACCAAAGAGACAUUUAUGUGAUAGACACGCCUGGAGUUCUGGACACCAAUACCAGUUCAAGAGAACACAUCAAAAGAGAAAUCGUGAGAUGCAUUCAGGUGUCAGCUCCAGGUCCUCACGCGUUUCUGCUGGUGAUACAAGUCGGCCGUUUCACAACUGAGGAGAAAAAUUCUGUGCGAGCCCUACAAGAGAUCUUUGGAGAAGAAGCUUCUAAAUACAUGAUAGUGGUCUUCACUCAUGGAGAUGCGCUCAGAGGUCAGUCAAUAAAAGACUAUGUGAGAAGUGGUCACGACGACCUCCGUAGAGUCAUCCAGAGCUGUGGGAGUAGAUAUGUUGUUUUUGACAACACUGACGUGAGAAAUCGAUCUCAGGUGAAAAUAUUACUAGAGAAAAUAGAUGAGAUGGUGGCAGCCAAUGGAGGAGGAUGCUUUACUCAGGAAAUGUACGAAGAAGCUGAAGAACUCAUUCAACAACAGAAGAUGGAGAGAGAGAUGGCCGAGCUUCUGGAGUAUGAAUUUAGCUUUCUUGAGGACCUUAAUAAAAGAAUCGCUCUUUUCCACCAAGCAUUGCUUGGGGACAUUUACCAAAAUUCUGUGUUUGAUGAUCAGAUGUCAUCAUAAUUUUUUGUUACGUUUAAAAUUCAUCAUGUGGAAAAAGCACAUCUUUCGGACUAGAGAUCAGGGCCCGUAUUCAUGAAAAAUCUUCGUUCAAGGAGUCGCUUCGAGCGACGAAAAUCUAAGAAAAUUCUUAGAAAUGUAGGCGUUCCCCUUUAAAAUGACAGAAAAGAUCCUAGUAAAGAAAAAAGUCAUUCAUAAAGCAUCUUAACCCUUAAAAGAGCUCUCAAGGUCUUAAAUUGUUAGGAGUAGCGAGGAGGACCUUUUUACGAGGCUUAAGAGUUUCUUUAGCAGCAGAAAAAAUGGACAAAACACAUUAGAUUAAAGUGAUCAAAUGAAGAAUUACAGCACCUUCAGAACAUUAUUGUGUUGCUGUUCAUUUCCUAUCAAAUAAGUUUAGUAUUAACAGCAUGGUAAGUAAAAAUAAAGAAUAUACAUAAAUAUAUACAGUAUAUAUACUGUAUACACACACACACACGCACACACACACACACACACACACACACACACACACACACGCACACACACACACACUGUGUGGUAAAAGAGGAAAAAUUACACCUUUCAUUUGAAACACUUUAAUCUUUAUAAAAAACUAUUUUUUUCUCCUUGGUCAACCAACCAAUCACAGUCUUCAAAAGAUGUGUAAUACAUAGCAACGGGGUCAGCCCCGCCUCCUCACUAAGAUAAAAGUUUUUGUCUUUUUCUGGCUCAAAGUUUCUCUCAGAUUGGUCCUGAAUCACUUUUAAGCGAAGACUCCUACGUAGAAGCUUUUAAACUAAAUUAAGAGCUUUCUGAGAGGAUUCUAAGAAGCUUUAAGAAUACGGGCCCAGAUCCAUAUCCACGAGGAACUGUGACUGUUUUGGGAUCAAUGUCUUUGGGAAUAAAGAAAAUAUGAUAAGAUGGGCUUGGGUAACUUUGUGUAAAUGUCAAAUGGCAGCGAUUCCCAAACUUUCUCACUUGAGGACCAAACUGUCUCAAUACCCACCAAAGCUUUGAAAUGGAAAUAUGGGGAAUAAAUUAUUUGUUCUCUUUUAGUAAAGAUUAGCAUUUCAUUUUACUUUUCAUUGUUUGAAUGAAAUAUACAUUUUAUUUCAAUACCAAAAUACUAUGUGGUAAGAUAUCAGAACCAUUGUCAUUGCCUGUUAUUAAUAGCAAUAGUCCGGUAAAUCUCUGUCAGUUGUGUACAAAAUAGGUCUUGGUCACACAUGAAAUGAUUUUACUCUAAACUCUGCAUUGUGAACUGAAGUAAACAUCAAUUGCUUGUGAUGUUUCAUCAUUUCUAAGUCACCUGCUGAAUCAAUCAAACUGCUAAAUAAAUGUAGGUGAAACAUCUUAUUUUAAUUGUAACAUUAUUUAGAGAAUUACUUUCAAUUCAAAGCAUUUGACUUUAAAGAGUUGUGCAUCCACGAUCUCAUUACUAUCAGCUACCGUCAUGUACAUGUAGCCUAUGUAAAUGAGAAUGACCUUUGUCGUCUUCCUGUUUCUCCAGUUAAAGUAUGGUCUCAUUUUGUUUAAUUACAGUGAACACUUUACACAACCACCUUGACUGUGCCAUUUGUUUCGAUCGUAGCGUUUAAAACUAACUCUACAUUUUAAAGCUCCCUUUACACGACUAGUUGAAACACACCUGAAUGCAAACUCUAUGGAGCAGCAUGUAAAGGUAAAUGAAUUUGAAGGUAAAGAACAUGAAUGAACCACCUCUUAAAAUAGUUAUGAAUCCCCACCAGAUUCCGUUGCAACGUGUCUGUGCCGAUAGCCCUGUGGUUAGUGCCCCGACAUAUAGUGCCAGAGCACAACACAAUGAGACUAAUAAAAAGAGAAUAGCUUGAUAAUUACAAACAACUCCACCUCAAACACAUUAUGAAAUAAAUCAUUUUAUGUGCUGGUCACAAACAUUCAAAGCACAAAUUUCAGUCAGUUCUGUCAUGUCACAUGAGGUAUCAGUCUUUGGUAUUAGUGUAUUUUUACGACUGAGUAGUACAUGAGCUUAUUAUCAGCCUGAACGGUGCAUCCCUAAUAUAAAUGUGAAUGAAACAAUA